GAAACUUUACAAAGUGCUCCCCUUGAUGGAAGGGGGCCCUGCCUGCAGAAACACCCAGAUGCCCAGCAGUCAAUCCACGGUGAAGAAAUCAAAGAUGAGAGGCCAGGGAGUGAGGGAACAGGGUUGCCAGUUGGGCACACCCGACGCCCCUCCCAGAAACUUCCCAAGGAACAAGCCCAGAAAUUGGGCCUCUGCUGCCCUCUAAUGGAGGAAAGCCAGACUCUAGAGCUGCCUACCGGGGCCCAGCCGUCCUGGCUCUCCUAAAGAAAAGGGGACGUGAAGGACCUUCCUGCCCCCAGAAUUUUUAUUCCCCUAGAGUCUCGAGCUUCAUUUCCUACAGCCUCAGAAGCUGAAACUUCUCUCCUUCCAAGCGCCCCUGGCCAUCUUGUUUCCCGAUCACCACCCUCCAUCCUGUUUCCCCAGUUUCCUUUGUUGCCCAGGUUCUGAUUCUGGUACCCUGGUUCCCGGCCCUGCCAGAGUUCUGGUUCCAGAAGGCCCUUGCCAGGUGCCUUGGGCCUAGCUCCCACCUGGGAGCAAGGCAGCGCUGAAGACAUGGGCAUGAGCGUCCCCCAGUGCCUGGGGCAACUGCACAUCCGCAAGGGCGUAGUGGGCUUGGCCACAGGUGCUGGGUUCAUCUACCUGCUCUACAAGGCCAUCAAGGCUGGCAUAAAAUGCCAACCGCCCCUCUGCACCACCUCACCAAUCUGCAUCGCCCGUGAGUGUCCGGGCCCUGGGGAGAGGGCUCUGCCCCAGGAGGCACCUGCUCCGGAGGCCUCCAGUGUGGGAGGGCCCAAAGGCCUGGCAAUCGAGCGAGAGCGGCACGGGCGGGACUCAGGUGAGCUCCGGAGGCUCCUCAACUCUCUGGAGUACAAACAGGAUGAGUACGCCAAGAGCAUGAUCCUGCACAGUAUCACGCGCUGUGUGUACUUGCUGGAGGCCGAGGCCUCUGCUUGUACUACUGAUGACAUCGCAUUGGUGGGCUCCAUGCUGGAUGACAAGGACAACAGUGUCAAAAUCCAAGCUCUGAACACACUUAAAGCUUUCUCUGGCAUCAGAAAAUUCAGGCUUAAAGUCCAGGAACACUCCAUCAAGGUCCUGGAACUGAUCGCCAGCAUCUGGGAUUCGGAGCUGCACAUUGCAGGCCUCAGACUCCUCAACAACCUCCCACUGCCUGACUAUGUGCAUCCACAGCUGAGACGGGUGAUGCCUGCCUUGAUGGAGAUCCUGCAGUCGGACUAUAUCCUGGCACAGGUGCAAGCCAUUCGAUUGCUGAGCUACCUGGCACAGAAGAACGACCUUCUCUAUGAUAUUCUCAACUGCCAGGUGCAUGCCAACUUCCUGAACCUGUUUCAGUCCACACAGCCAGGGAGUCUGCUGUUUGAGGUCCUGGUGUUUGCCGAGCGGCUAAGUGAGGGCCGGAAUUCACCCCACUACCGUGCCGUGAAGUGGCAUUACAACGAACAGUCGCUGCACGAAGCUCUUUUUGGGGAUGAGUCGCGCCUGGCAGACCGGCUCCUCGCUCUGGUCAUCCACCCUGAGGAGGAGGUUCAGAUCCAGGCCUGCAAGGUCAUAGUCAGCCUGCAGUGCUCCCAGGAUGUGGGAGUCCGGCCCUCCGUCUGCCAGCCCAGCCGUUCCUACUUUAAUAGCGGGGAAUAAAAUUAAGGAGAGCCAAUAAAUGACUAUGGGAGAAAAGCAUGAGGAGCAGUU